CAAAACUGGCGUACAGGCGGUUUGCUUCAAAACAUUAUGGCGUCAAGAAGAGCAACAGUUGCUCCAAGUAGUUUUAAAAAUGCCUCCGCCGAGGCAAAAAGCUCGAAAAGUGGGAACAAUCCUAAUAAAGCCAACAACAGUGGAACUGGGAAGAAAGGUGUUAAAUCAAGUGGAACUAUAGUCAAGUCUCGAUACAUGCAGUCUGCUGAGAAAACAUCGCUUUCAAAGAGUAACUCACUGAACAAUGAGUCUACUGCUGCGCCACCAAAACCCUCCUCACCUAAACCCACUGGUGUCAGACCAAAGGUGGGCACUCCACCAAGACGCUCAAUGGCCCCACAGGCUCUUGCAACAUCAAUGUCACGUGACACCGAACCAUCACUGCUCGGGAAAAGUAUGCUGCAGUCUACUUUCUCAGAUGGACACUGCUUUCGGCCAGAUUUUGAUAUUUCUGUCAUCAAAGACAAAACAGUGAUAGAAAAUGCAGCAGAACCCGAGAGAAGCCCAGAGAAUGAGAAGAGGGACGUUGAAAUGCAAACAUUCCUACUGGCGUACCUCACAGCUAAGAUGGAGAGCAAUACUGCAAAACUUAAGGCUGAGGCAGAGGCAAGGAUCCUGCAGAUGAUGGAGGAAGAAAAGGCACUGCAUAAUGAGGUCCAGAGGAAGAAGCGCCAAUACCUGCUCGCAGAAAAGAAGAGGCUUGAGAAUGAGCUGUUGGAUUUGCAGAUUGCUGCAUUGACUCCUGUGGCAGAAGCUGCCAAGCAGUUCACAGAGGACUACAUGUGUUUUGCAACAGCUGUUGACACCACCCGACAUGAGCUGCCUGUCAAGAAUUUCUUCAUUGAUGGGGACAGAAGGGAAUUUCUAGAUAAAGCUGAGGCUUGCCUGAAGGAGAGCGAGAAGUUGCUGGUGGAGUGCACUGAGGGAAAUCAUAAGGACAACAGCACAUCUCUCGAGUGCCUUAGAGAUAUAAAAAUGACAUCAAAGGACAUCAGUCAGCAGCUGUCAGGUGCAUUUUCAGAGCUGCUGGAGCUGUCAUCACUGGUCUGCCGCCAUACAGUCCAUGUCCAGCAGGCCAUGGAAGAAGAGCAGCUUGGUACAGCAAGAACCCAUGAGCUCUACUGCCCCAAACAGUGAAGGAUACCACACAGCAUGGGGAUACACAGUACAUGCACUUUUCCACCCCCGUCCAUCCACUUUCCCUGGUUUGAAUAUGUUUGUGCCAUUUGUGUCUUUUUAUGUGUGCUGUUUGAUUUCUUUGCAGCUGUAUUAUGAGAAAUUGUAAAUGUUUAAUAAUGACUGAUAGUGUUUUAUAGAUGGAAAAUUGUUCAUAAAUAGAAAACAACAAUAAAAAUAUAAAUUGAACAGAACCAACAGUAUUCGAGAUGCGGAUAUUUCACUUUUAUGUUUUGUUAAAUACAGCUGCAAAAAAUCUUAAUGGAUUGUCAAUGCUGGGAAUACAAAUAUGUGAGCCGAGUUGUAAGAGUCAGAAUUCAGAAAAGUUUAAAUGCACAUGUUUGUUAUUGUACAGUACAGAUACAGGUCAGGAGCAUCAGAUGAUGAUAAUUUCAAACAUCAGAAUGGUGGGGUGACUUUGACUGUGGCAUGAUUGUUGAUGCCAGAUGGGCUGGUUUGAGUAUUUCUGAAACUGCUUACCUCCUGACAUUUUCAUGCCCUGGGAAUGUCAUAUCCUACCUGAGUGUUUGCUGACCCGUGCAUCCCUUUAAGGCCACAAUUUGCACAUAUUAUAAUGGAUACUUCCAUGUCGCAAAACAAAACUUAUAUGUAAUGGCCUUCAUGAGCAUAAUAAUGAGUUUAGUGUACUUCAGUGGCCUCCCCAGUCACCACAUCUGAAUCUAUCUGAGACUGUUUUUAGAGCAUAGUGAGGCUAUCUACCCUGUAUUUAGUAUGGUGUUCCUAAUAAAAUGCUUGGUGAGUGUAUUCGCUGAUCGCACAAGGGAGGCAUAAACAUAGUUUGAAGGAUUAAACCACAUCAUGAAUAA